ACUCCUUAUUGCGACAAUGAUUUCGUCCGUAUGUGUGCGUAUAUGUAUGUACAUCGGUGUAGCAUUGGAAUAAUUUCACUGUAGUCAUUUCAGUUAAUCAUUGAGCGUGAGACGAGUAACAUAACAUAUUUUAAGUGGCGCCAAAAAGUUUCGGUACGCAUUGUACGCAGCUGCCGACGUGAAAUGUUUAUUAAUUUUGUAAAUGAGUUAUUAAUGGUUUAAAUCGCCACAAAUUGUGUUACUAGAUAAGCAAAAGGCCCGUUUAAGGAAAUUUGGCUAAAAACGCUUGUAUGCGUAAAAUAAGCUUGUGAGUGCGAAAAUUGGGUUUGAAAAAGAGUUUCAUCAAAAUAUGUGCAAGCAAUCUACAGAACUCUAAUGCAAAAAAUUCUGUGAUAAAAUUUAAAAAUGAUUGUACAAAAAUACAUUUAAAAAAUUACCACUUCGUUGAAAAAUUUGCUAAAAAGAGGUAAAUGAAUAAAAGGCAAGCCAAAGAAGUCAAAUGUAAGUGCAACGGUAAACACUUUGCCUCAUUUAAAUAUGUACAUACGUUGUUAUGCACGAUUUGACAAAUUAUGAAGCAGCAAUUUUUAAAGUGCUCCUUUUCAUAAAAGUUAUAUUUCAAGCGUAUUUGAAACGCAUUACUCAACUUUUAGAGUGAGAAAAUAAGAAAAUUCGUCACCCCACCAUCCGUUCGUGCUUUUCAUACAUAUGUAUGUAGAUACGUACAUGCAUUCAUAAAUGUAUACACAUAUACUUACAUACAUACGCCUGAAUGUGUUGUAUAUCGGCGUAGAGUUAUAAAAUAUGCAGCGAUAACAUUCAACAUUGCUGCUCGACGGCUGUUGUCGUGUUUUUGUAUUUUUUUUUUCUUUGGUACAUUUGUUGUGAUAAAAUCGUUUUUUUUUUGGUGUUGUGUUGUGCAUGUGAAUAACUUCUACUACUGCUACUCGCUCACUCAGAAGCGCUUUGGCGGGGGUGUAGCCCUACUCGUUUGUCGCAGUGUUUUUACCCACCAACUAACCAUUAUCGUGCAUUCUCUUAUCGCGUGGAUUCUAGUGAGCGAAAAAGAGAAAAGUGUCGAGCGUGGUGGCAUAAGGGGCGCAUUUGAACAUGUCUUCAUAUUUGCAGUUGGCGCCUAGUGCUGGAUAUUGCAGUUUAUGACCUAUGUUUGAUUCCAAAGAGCUUUUAGAUGCUCAUGAUCGUCAAAAUGAAGAGACUAGCAUCGAAAUGGCAGAUGACACGAUCACAAGGGAAGACGGCGAUCGAACAAGUCGAAUAUCACCGCUUAUGAGGGCAGGAAAUGAAACAACUGUCAAAACUUCGAAUGAGUCGAACUCUACCGAGUCAUUUCAGAUUUAUAAAGAAUCCGCAGAACGUAAAAUCAAAGUAAACGUAGAUCAUGAGAUGAUUGAAGAACAAAGCGAAAUGAAUGUCGAGGCAACUUCUCUAGACUCAAACGACGAACGCCCUGUUAGCAACAGCCCACAUAAGGACGAACUAACAGAUAAUGAAAUAGAACCCGCACCCUCACCCACAAUGCCGAAAUUGCGGCUAAAUUCGUUUCUGGCAUCAGACCCGGCCUUGAAACCGGAUGCGCAAGACCUUAAAGCUUUACAUGCAGAGACGCAAACGAAAAACAUGCUUGCGCAAUUUCCACCACCACCAGCACUGUCCGAACAGGAAGACAUAGAAGCCUCGAUAAAUGCUCCUGUGGUUAGUUUGGCGGAACCGGUGCUUAAAGCGGCGACGGUUGACACAGUGACUGGUCUCACUGCUUCCGCUGAAAUCGCACCACGCUUGAAGUUGUUCAUGUGUCUGCCAUGUGGCAUUCACUUCAGUUCACCAUCAACGUUAGAAGCGCAUCAGGCAUACUAUUGCUCACAUCGCAAUAAAGACAUGGAAGCAAAGGGUGCUUCGAUCUCUACGGUAGUAGCUGAGAAAACCACCGCCAACACGUCGAGUGGCACCAGCAGUGCUAGUAUAAACAAUUCUAACGAUGAACCAACAACUAAGGCCAUAAAGACUGGAAAACAAUAUGCGUGCACACAAUGCUCAUACAGUGCCGACAAGAAAGUGUCCCUUAAUAGACAUAUGCGUAUGCACCAAACAUCGCCAGCUCAUAGCAGCAAUGUUCUACCGCCAAACUGUGGAAAUGCGCUGGACGAAAGUGGUUCUAGUCAACAAACGGAUCGCUACUGCAGCGAUUGUGAUAUAAGAUUCAAUAAUGUUAAGACAUAUCGCGCGCAUAAGAUGCAUUAUUGCAGUUCACGCCGUACUGAGGGACCACUAACGCCUAAGGUUGAAGUUAGCACAGCUAAUGCCAUUAAAGCGUCAGUAGGUACAGCGAGCAUCAGUCCACAGUUGCGGGCAAAAACACCCACAUCUGCUAUGGUUGCAGUUGCUGCGGCCGCGGCUGCCGCCGCAUCGUUACCAACACCAACGCCGCAACCGUUUCUAGCAUUGCCCACCAAUCCAGUAUUGAUAAUACCCUGCUCACUUAUACGUGCAGCAAGUUGGAUACCGGGACCUCUCACUUCACCAUUGGCAGCACUUCCAAACCCCGACGGCACCUGUUACAUGCUGGAUAACGGAGAUUUAAAACCUCUAGCCACGGCUUUAAAUAUAAGGGCGUUUAAUUCCAACGCUACAAUAACUGAUACUAUCCUUGGCUCGCCCGCAGCAGUGCCGUUCAACCUUAACACCCCACACAUACCCACUGUCGAAACAUCACCAGCUUGUCAACCUUCGUUAGUUAGCACGAAUGAGCCUCUACUUCCUGAAAAGAAUGCUGGGCGUAACGUGGAGAGGAGUGAGGCAUUAACGCCAAAUCGAAGAGAAGGUGCACGAGAUGGGGCGCGGGAUAUCGGGACCCGCGGUAGCCACGGUACUGAUUUUAAAAAGGCCGGGAUGGGCGAAAUCGGGAAGAUGCGUAAAAAUGUAAGAGCGGCACUCUCGAAAUUCAGAAAAUCUUACUUAAAAAAUAUGAAGUCAGCACUAUUUAAUUUUAUAUUGAAACCAAAACGGACGGCAAGCAAACCCAAAUAACUAGAAGAGCUAAAUCUUUCAGUAUGGCGAAAGUAGACAAAUAGAUUC